CAAUCGGGGGGUCGCGUGAUGUGAGAGUGGCCGGUGCUGUUCCCCAAGAUGGCGGCGUGUGGUCGGUGAGCGGCGGCGGCGCUAGCUCGGAGCGGGGAAGCCAAGGCCUGGCUGCUGGGGAAGGGCCCGCGCCGCUCGCCGCCCAGCGUGCCCCCCCCCCCGGGGCCCUAGGAUGGUAAAAUGACCCAGGGGGGGAAGAAGAAGAAACGGGCCGUGAACCGCAGCAUCAUGCUGGCCAAGAAGAUCAUCAUUAAGGACGGCGGCACGUGUGUGCAUCGCCAUCAUGGGAUCCUUUGGUCUUUGUUCUGUCUCCUUCGGCUUCCAUAUUCUGAAAAAGAAUAGGUGGCCUCAAGGAAUAGGUUCACCUAGUGUCUACCAUGCUGUCAUUGUGAUUUUUUUGGAGUUUUUUGCUUGGGGACUUUUGACAGCACCUACUUUGGUGGUGUUACAUGAAACCUUCCCAAAGCAUACAUUUCUAAUGAAUGGCCUAAUCCAAGGAGUAAAGGGCUUGUUAUCGUUUCUCAGUGCCCCCCUCAUAGGUGCUCUCUCUGAUGUUUGGGGACGAAAGUCCUUCUUACUCUUAACAGUAUUUUUCACUUGUGCACCAAUUCCAUUAAUGAAGAUCAGCCCAUGGUGGUACUUUGCUGUUAUCUCUGUUUCUGGGGUUUUUGCAGUGACUUUCUCAGUGGUGUUUGCUUAUGUAGCAGAUAUAACCCAAGAACAUGAAAGAAGCAUGGCCUAUGGGCUGGUUUCAGCAACUUUUGCAGCAAGUUUAGUUACCAGCCCAGCUAUUGGUGCCUACCUUGGUCGAGUCUAUGGAAACAGCCUGGUAGUGGUCCUAGCUACAGCUAUAGCUUUGUUGGAUAUUUGUUUUAUUCUUGUUGCUGUACCGGAAUCACUGCCCGAGAAGAUGAGGCCAGCAUCAUGGGGAGCACCCAUUUCUUGGGAACAGGCUGACCCCUUUGCAUCACUAAAGAAAGUGGGUCAAGAUUCCAUAGUGCUGCUAAUCUGCAUAACAGUCUUUCUUUCCUACCUCCCGGAGGCAGGUCAAUAUUCCAGCUUCUUCCUAUACCUCAGACAGAUAAUGGGAUUUUCACCUGAAAGUGUUGCAGCUUUUAUAGCAGUUCUUGGGAUUCUCUCCAUUAUUGCACAGACAGUAGUUUUGAGUUUACUUAUGCGGUCCAUUGGAAAUAAAAACACCAUCUUACUGGGUCUGGGAUUUCAAAUAUUACAGCUCGCAUGGUAUGGUUUUGGCUCGGAGCCUUGGAUGAUGUGGGCAGCAGGGGCUGUUGCAGCAAUGUCUAGUAUUACGUUCCCAGCAGUAAGUGCACUGGUUUCACGAACUGCUGAUGCUGAUCAACAGGGUGUUGUUCAAGGGAUGAUAACAGGAAUUCGAGGAUUGUGUAAUGGUUUGGGACCAGCACUUUAUGGUUUUAUAUUCUACAUAUUCCAUGUAGAAUUGAAUGAACUCCCAAUGACUGAAACUGAAUUGGGAGGUAACAUGGCCACACAACACCAUUCACAACAGAACUCCAUAAUUCCUGGACCCCCUUUCUUGUUUGGAGCAUGCUCUGUGCUGCUGGCUUUGCUUGUUGCCUUGUUUAUUCCUGAACACACCAAUCUAAAUGUACGGUCCAGCAAUUGGAAAAAACACAGUGGUGGUCAUGGUCAUCCACACAGUCCACAGGCCCCUGGUGAGGCCAAAGAACCUUUAUUGCAAGACACAAAUGUAUGAUGACAAAAUCCAGAAAAACGUUUUUAUAUUUCAUAGGUCUUGUUUCCAGUUCUGGAUACACAUUCCAUUUACAUAAAAAAUGUAAUUUCUUAAUGUUAUCUUAAGAAAUGUAUCUUUCUGCAUGAAAUUUGUAGGAACUACAGACAGGAACUGGAAAUUUCUCCAAAGAUGUUACAAUUAAAUUAACUUGCUUUUAAAAAGAAGAAACUAAGCACUGGUCUCAUACUAUUAAUAUAAUUAACCUUUUCAUCCUAGUUCUGAGACAAAAAGGAAAACAUAUUCAAGGUAUCAGCAUGUGUCCCUGUGUCCAUUUCCUUAAGGUGUAAAGCUUUAAUUCUCUUCAUGCUAAGUCUCAAUGAGACAUACUAGCAUAUUUGUGGACCCAUUCAUUUUAUGUUGUAAAAUUUUGGGUCAGAUAGUACAAAGCCUUAAUGUAAAUGCACUCAAGUAAGGAAAAGGUGAAUUGGUUUCAUUUUAAAAUCACUGUAUGGGAGGUUUUAUUAAGUUUCUGCUAAUACAAAAUCAUGUGGUGAGCACGCUUGAUGAACAGUAAAAAAUUUUGUGUGUAAGUGCAUUACUUUAAUUCUUCCUAAUUUUUGGAGUACAAGAUAGUAUCAAACAGUUAGUAUUUAAAUUAGUGGAUCUUUUGAGCCUACAAGAUUUUAAUAUGGGCUCAAACUCUGCUUUCUCAAAUACAGUUUAUACCACUGUUUCUGAUGUUUGUGUAAUCAUAAGGACCUCAAAACUUGAAUACACAAACUGAAAUAUAAGCUGAUAGCCUUGAAAAUGUCCAUGUGCUAUAUAGUGGCCUUUCAGGACUGGCUAGCAACUUUUUACUUUUACAGAGCUAAUGUUUCAGUCCUAAAUUUUCAGGACUCUAGUACAUGAGAGAGAGCUUUAUACAGUUACUGAUGUGAAUUUCUCUAAAAAUGUAUAUUUUUGUGUCCAGUUGUAUUAUUUAAACAAGUAUUCCUUUGUAUAAAUUGUGUAUAAGGUAUAGUUUAAAAUGUUGUGGUUACUGCUUACUGGUUUUUUAACUUUGAACAUUCACCAUGGUUGACUGAGAGCUGGAAAAUGUGUAAAUAUAUUGUUAAUAAAUGAAUAUUUUAAUGAA